CUCGAAGCCUCUCUCAGUCCAGUGUUUGGUGCGGCCACACAUACACUCACACAGCCAUGGAUGCCAUUAAGAAGAAGAUGCAGAUGCUCAAGCUCGACAAGGAGAACGCCUUGGACAGAGCAGAGCAGGCUGAGACCGACAAGAAAGCAGCUGAGGAGAGGAGCAAGCAGCUCGAGGAUGACCUGGUCGCCCUGCAGAAGAAGCUGAAGGCAACCGAGGAUGAGUUGGACAAAUACUCCGAGGCCCUGAAGGAUGCACAGGAGAAACUGGAACUGGCUGAGAAGAAAGCUACCGAUGCUGAGGGCGACGUCGCUUCCCUGAACAGACGCAUCCAGCUGGUUGAGGAGGAGUUGGAUCGCGCUCAGGAGCGUCUGGCCACUGCUCUGCAGAAGCUGGAGGAGGCCGAGAAGGCUGCUGAUGAGAGUGAGAGAGGCAUGAAGGUCAUUGAGAACAGGGCCCUGAAGGAUGAGGAGAAGAUGGAGCUGCAGGAGAUCCAGUUGAAGGAGGCCAAGCACAUUGCUGAGGAGGCUGAUCGCAAGUAUGAGGAGGUGGCCCGUAAGCUGGUGAUUGUUGAGGGUGAGCUGGAGCGUACUGAGGAGCGCGCUGAGCUCAAUGAGGGUAAGUGCUCUGAGCUGGAGGAGGAGUUGAAAACUGUGACCAACAACAUGAAGUCUCUGGAGGCCCAGGCUGAGAAGUACUCAGCUAAGGAGGACAAAUAUGAGGAGGAGAUCAAGGUCUUGACUGACAAGCUGAAGGAGGCUGAGACUCGUGCUGAGUUCGCUGAGAGAUCAGUCGCCAAGCUUGAGAAGACCAUUGAUGAUCUGGAGGAUGAAUUGUAUGCCCAGAAACUCAAGUACAAAGCCAUCAGCGAGGAGCUGGACCACGCUCUCAACGACAUGACCUCCAUUUAAAUUUUUUACAUCUCAUCUCUGGCUCCGGGCACCAUCUGAGCGGCAUCUCCUUCAUUUCCUCCAUGUUUCUCUUCUUUUCUUUGUUGCCGCUUUUCUCCAUCGCACUAUUCUCAGUGGGAAUGGAGGACUCAGCUCUUUAGUCCCAUCAUUUGUACAGAAAUUUUUAGCUUUCUGUGAAAUAAAAUUUCCUCCCAUCUGUGUAAGCUCCCCACUCCUUUCUCUCUUUAGUAUGUCUUAACUCUUUUGAUUUCUUAUGUCCUUAAUUUAUUGUCGAGAAGCUUGAAUAAAAUCCAAAAAAAGCUCCUUCUCAUCACCUCAUGUUGCUUCUCUCUUUGACAGUUCAUGUUUACCUGUAAUGCUCAUAUUCAUACCAUAGGAAUCCACAGUGCAGGUUCUGCUGUAAAAGUUUAAAGAUCUCAGCAUAACAUUUAAUAAAUCAUUUUGGGUUAAUGUUUGUGAAACUAA